UGGAAACAAGGAUGUUGAUGAAUUUAUUAGAAAUUCUCAAUUGAAAGCAUUAAAUGAUUAUAAUGUUUUAGAAUGGAUUCCAUAUGAUAAAUUUAAAGAAAUUGAAUAUUUAGAUGAAGGUGGAUUUAGCAAAGUCUAUAAGGCAAUCUGGACUGGUGGAAGAGUUCUGGAAUGGAACGAUCAAAUUCAACAAUGGAAACGAAAAGGUGAUAUGAAGGUCGCUUUGAAAAUUCUAAAUAAUUCAUGCACAAACUUUGAUAAAUUUUUACAAGAGUGUGACAUUAGAAGGCCGAAAAUUAAACCUGAGAUACCAGAUUUAUUCAAGCAAUUAAUUAUUCGUUGUUGGAAUCCUGAACCAGCUAAACGUCCCAAUGCAGAUGAAUUAUUUACAAAAUUUUAUAAUUGGUGGAAGGAUAAAGAUAAUAAAAAUUCUGAAUUAUACAAACAAAUCCAAAGAUCAAAGAAAUUUUCCAAAAAAAAUCCGUCACAAAAAAUAUAUUCAGAAACACGUUAUACAAAGAGUUGCCGGGUUAAUGUUCCUACUACCACCUAUACAGGUCAUUUGCUUAAUGCCUUUAACUAUACAAAUCAGUGGCUUAACAAUCUUAUCUUUCCAAAACCUCAUUCAAGUGAUCUCAAUAUACGAUCCAGCACAAGCAAAAAUAUUCGAAAUCAAUGUAAAUAUAUAACGAUUAUAUUAAAAAUUACUUAA